AUGAAUGUCUUGCACCCCAUCUAUGGGCUCCUUACACAGAUGAGUAAUGUAACAGAGAGGAUGGCAGCUAUUGUGCACGACGUCAAUAAACAUUUGAAGAAGGUCAACGAAGCAACGGGCUUUGAAGACGCCACAAAAGCCAUUGAGCAUGCUCGUCUUGAACAAAUAGUAGAGGACACAACUAACGUCAUUAAAGGAAACACUACAUCUGUCUACACACAGCUUCUUACCUACCAGUAUCUAGCAGACGUGUGUGAGUGGCAGUUCCGUAAAGGCCUUGUAUCCACGCUGGCUGACAAGACAUGUGGAAAUGAGCGAACUAAGUUUACUACAAUCUUGAGCUCAAUGAGUAUGUACCGCAUGAAAAAGGACAUACGCAUUAGAAACAACAUUCAGGCGCCGAUUGUCUUUUCGAUUCCUGCAAAGAUCAGCCUUUUCAGGAAGCUUGCGAUAAUAGAGACACCUAUAGAUUUCUAUCGCCAGUGUAAGGGGGCCUUUCGAAUAACGCGAACAUGCGACACACUUUUGGGUCCAUGUGAUAAGCCACGUUGGAGAAUUAAUUCUUCUGUUGGAGGUGGAUCGACACAGUUUGAUCCCAAGCUACUAGCUGUGAAGAACCGAGCUUUUGGCCCCUUCAAGGCAAACGACACCCGCUCCAAUGUCUACCAAGAGCGAAUACCGCCUAUAGAGUCCUUUUACAAAAUACUCAAUCAGAAGCGGAGUUGGUUCAAGCAGCCCCUUCUUAUUAUAUCAUCAAGCACUACGUUUGAGAGCAUUCACUUCAGUGGACAAGUGUUUGUUAGAAGACCAACUAUCAGUUCAAUCAAAAGAAAACUGGAUAACAUUGCCAUUACUUUUAUUAAUUGUUCCUUUGGGCCCAUUAAGCGGGUUCCCAGUGCGUCAUUUUGGGACCGAGUAGUAUCUCGAGCUCGGACAAAGCUUCAAAGGGCGACAGUAACGAGCAAGCAUGCUAUGGAACAGGAGCUUGCAACCAUAAUGAGCAUUCGGGAGCACAUUUCCGGCAAAUAUGGGACAUUUCUCAAAGUAUCUCACGCCCAAGUACAUGUCUUUGGAUCUGCAGUUGUAAUCUUCAAAGACUGUCACUUUGGACCAAACACUGGCCCAGGAAUAGUUGUAGAACACUCUACAGAUGUGGUAAUCGAUGGUUGCAUAUUCAGGGGCCACGGAAUGGCAUUUCCUGCUAUAAGCUCCGUUGAGCUUCCCCACACUGCAGCAGUUGUGUGUCGAGGCCUUUCCACCGUGCUGGUGCAGAAGUCAUUGUUCUUCCUUUGCCACUGCGGGGUUGCUUCUUUUGGUGAGAACUUCUGCUCUAAUGACAAGGUCAUGACAGGAAAGGAAUACAUUGCCGAUACCUUUGGCGCAGAGCUGAAAUUCAAUACACUAUCUCCAUUUCACCAUGAGUUUAUGGAUUGCUACUACAAUAAUCCCGAUGGUAUUAAGGAGCUUCUGAUCGGGGGGUCAUUAAUAUCAAAAGACAAUCUGUCAGAUAACAUGAUUAAGUCCAUCUCUCAGUGUAGCUUCCAGUUCUGCUUGACAGGAAUUGCAACGUAUGGCGACCAUCAUCAUCCCAUUAUUAUUGCAGAUUGUUCAAUAAUCAGUCCGACGGUCGAGAUAUCUCGAAAGUUAUUUUUGGCGCCGGAUCCAUCGUACUUAGAUCCUAUCACUGUAUCCUCUCUGAAAACAGAUGAAAAGAUUUCCGGAAAGCUACGGAGCAUCGUGACAGGUGUGCAAGGCGUAGGCUCUUUCUUACACCUUCUUCGCAUUGUAUUUUCAGAGCCAGAAUCAUCGUGUAUAGCCCUCUAUGAAUGUAAUGCAGACAUUCGAGAUUGCUACUGUGUCAGUGCAAAGCUCUACGCUGAAGAUAUGAUAGACAGUGACUUGUUGGAGUACUCAAAGUUUGGACACCUCCGUGGGAAGAUUGCUCCAUUUGUUCUGUCGGACAGGGCCUCUCCGUUUCCCAUCGCCAUUGCUAGGAUCUUAAUCCAGCGGCUUAAGUGCAUCAAGAAGCAAGAGAGCUCAAGCAAGAACAUGAUGCUCAAGCACCUUAGACACGUAGAUGGAGUUACGCCGGGCCUGCUUCGUGAGGAAGUACUACGGGUCAAUUCCAUUGGAAUUUCGCUGACCAGGAGCAUGGGCACCAUCUCUAAUGUGCUUCUGGCAACGGAGUCUUUUUGGCGUGGGCUUCACAUAGACACCUCUGCAGUUGUAAUUGGUAACGUCGCUUUGUGCAAUUGCAAUGACGGAUUGUUUGCACUUGGAUCCGAAAUUCUUUGCACCCACUCCAUGAUUUCACGUCAAAGACGCUCAGCAUGCAUUGUACGAGGGACAACUAUUUGCAUAGAUGGACAGACAACCAUAGUUGGCGCGGGACACAUGGGGAUAGGUGCAUUCCAAUCAGACAUCUACUUGAAAGAUAGCUUUCUGAGAGACUCUGUUACAGGGAUCCGACUGAUGGAUUCUAGUUCACUGGUAGCAACCCACUCGGCUAUUUCUCUCAUGGAAAAAGGCAUUGUAAUCUCUGCAACCUCUGCACACGCCAUUAAGGACGUUGUUUUCAGUGAUACCGCUGUGAAUCUCGCAAUAGCCUAG